AUUAUCAAUCAGUCAUAAUUUAAGAAGCAGUGCGAUGGCGGCUGAUUCUUGCUGAUAAAAGUUUACUUGUUGACAUUCUUGGUCGAUUUGAAACAAAAUAUUACGCAACUCGUGCUAGUCUCGCUCUUUUGAAAUCUUCUAAUGAACGCGUUUCGUGAAAAUACAUUAUCAAUUAAUUUGCUAAACACAAUUUUCAUACAGGAUUCGUGUCAAAAAGAAAAUGUACUCACAACUCAACGACACUUAAUAGAAUCAAAAGAGCGCAUUAUGUCAGCUUGUUUGUACUUUAAAUGAAGUGCAGUGUUGUUUUUAUUUUUCUCAUUAACAAGAUUAAUGGAUAUAAAUAUUGUUUGUAUAAAAAAUUCAUGUUUUAAUUGUUGAAUUUGACAGUUGAGUGAUUUAUGUAGAUGAAUAUUUUGUGCUUUAUUUGUGAUAUGGAAAGAAACUUUUCAAAAACGAGUUCACGAUUGUUGAUUUGAUUUUUAAGUAUAUAAUUAAUUCACUAUUUUGAGGGAGAAUGGCAAUUCGUAUAACUCUCGAGUGUGGCCAUACAUCAGAAUUACGUGCCCAAAGGACUCCAGAAGGUUAUACGCACGAUUGGCAAGUUUUUAUACGAGGGGUUGACAAUGCUGAAAUUCAUCAAUACAUUGAAAGAGUUGUUUUUCACCUUCACGAGACAUUUCCUAAACCAAAAAGGGUCGUAAAGGAGCCUCCAUAUGUAGUGAAAGAAUCGGGUUAUGCCGGAUUCGAAAUUCCAAUUGUUGUUUAUCUGAAAAACAAGGAUGAACCAAAGAGAUUCCAUUUUUCUUACGACUUGAAUCUUCAACCCAGUGGUCCAGCGAUAAAUAAAGUCGUGUUACAUAGCGAAAAUUUUCCUAAUCCUAAUGAUGAGUUUAGAAAAAAACUUCUUAAAGGUGGAGCCGUCAUGGUAACUAAUUCAGAAGGAACACCCGAAAAAAGUAAAGUUACUCCUCUAAUGGUAGGUAAACCUAAAUUAAGUGGGACCGAGGGGAAGAAGUAUAGAAUGUCAGAGCCAAAGGGAUCAAAUGCUUUUGCUGAUUUAUUUGGACCUCCAAUAAAGACUGCGGGGACCAAAGUUUCCCCUGACACGAAAAAGCCUUCGUCGUCAACAUCAUCAUCAUCUUCAUCAUCAUCAUCGGAUAAAACUAGCAGUAUAAAACUCUCGUCCUCGGAAAAAAUCGAGAAAAGUGACAAAAGUUCAAAGGCAAAGCAUAGUCCGCACAAGGAUGGAAAGAAGGAGAAAAAUUCCGAGGAGAGAAAAGAAAAGAAGGAUAAAGAUUCAUCGAAGGAGAAAGAGAAGAAUAAAGAAAAAUUAAAGAAAUCUCAAAGUCCAACAAAUAAAAGUAGUCACACAAGUAGUCCAGGAACUAAGAGACCGGCUUCACCCUCGCCGAUAAAAAAGCCAUCGACUCCUCCACCAUCACAGCCAUCGAAACGGCCACCUUCUCCAAAACCACGUGACAAGGAAUCGAAGAAAAUCACUCAAGAAAAGGACAAAGAGAAGGAAAAAGAAAAAGUUAAAGAAAGUUCUAAAAAUACAUCAGAUGAUUCUCGAACCGAGAAAAAGAAAGAUAAAAAGAAACACAAAGAGGAAAAAGAGAAGGAGAAGAAAGAUAAGCACAAGGACAGAGAACGCGACAAGAGUAAAGAUUCAAAAGAUACGAAAAAUAUUGAGAAAAAAGUCAUUGAUAAAUCAGAGAAACCCGAAAAAAUUGAAAAGGAAAAAAUAACACAAGAAUUCAAACAAUCGAAAGAUGGAAGAAAAUCACCGAAACCUAUAAAAGAAAUGGAAAAAUUAUCUAAAGAAGAAAAACCACCAAAAUUGGAAAAAAUGGAAAAAACAGAAAAAAUUGAAAAAUCAAAAGAUUCCAAGGACUCUAAAGAGAAACACAAAAGUAAGCACAAAAAACGUGAGAAAAAAGAUAAACGUGAUGGUAGCAAAGAAAGAGAUAAAAAAGAGAAACGCGACAAAAAUAGAAGUUCAAGUGAAAAACCCAAUAAUAAUGUUUCCAUUCCACGAGUAACACCAGUGACAACGAAUCCACUUUCAACUCUCUUGGCAGAAAUGCCCGAUAGAGAUAGCAGUGAUUCUGCUCCUUCUCUAGACGAUGAACCCAUAAUAACAGAACCAAAACCCAUUACAACAAUCAAAAAAGAACCACCCGCAUUAAUAGCAACGGCAGCAGCAACCGUUUCUAAUGAAUCAAAACCAAUAAUGUCCCCACCACCUGUUAGUGAUAAGAAAAAUCGUAGCGAUCGAACAAAACGUGAAAAAUCCUCAAAGGGCAAUCGCGAAGAAAAGGAGACAAAAAAACGAAAACGAAGAAGCGACAGUAAAGGUGAUGAUGAACGAGCAAUUAAAAAAGAGAGAGAUCAAUCUGCUUCACCACUCGUCGAGCCAGUGUCAUCGAGUCAAUCACCAAUUGCUGUUGAUAUGGAAAAUGUUCAUCAUCAAAAAAUUAAAGAAGAAGGUGCCUCAAGAAAACAAACGACAGCAACAACAGGCAAAGGAAGUGAAGGCGAAGCAGAACAAGUUGCGCCCGAUUCAACAAAUAGCACACUAGUUGAACCAGAAACAGCUGAUACUUCCUCAUUUUCACAGGAAUAUGUAUCACAAUUAAAAGAUCUACAACAUAAAAUUAUGACGAUCGAGGACAAUCAGGAAUUGCAGAGACUUGUCGAGGUUAUUGCAGAAACAGGCCAGUAUGAAGUUACAAAGAAAACAUUUGACUUUGAUCUUUGCGCAUUGGAUCGAAGGACAGUGCAACGUUUGCAACAAUUUUUCGCGUCGUGACCACCCAUUUCACGUUGAAUGGAUGUGUGUAUUAUGAUGUACUGUAUAAAAAGCUAUAUAAUAUAUUUGAUCACUAACAUUGUUUAAUAAUAAUGUUAAAGAUUGUAUUGCGUCAAAGUGAACACGCGCGCGUUUGAUUAUGUGGCAUUCCUUGCGAAAAGGAAGAAUCUCAAAUUAUAUUUGGUUUAUUUAUUAUUAUUAUAAUUAUUAUUUUUUUUAUCUCAUUGCAUAAUCUAUUUAAUAGUAAAACUUGGAGAUGAAACAUUCUUAAAAUUUUGUUUUGAACAAAAUAGUAAAAAAAAUUUAUUUUCAGCAAAAAUUAAAACAAUUAAUACAUUGAAUAUAGACUUUAUAUUUAUGUUAAUCUUUUAAAUUAAAAACUACAUUGUUAAAAAGAUUAAAAUAAUUUUUUUUACUAAUUAAAUAAG